CUGACAUAUCAUCUGGAACAAGCGAAAGCUGGGCGCUCACUGGCCACUAUCCAACGAGGCAGGUGCAGGCCCUCCUCAACUUGGUACUCUACGAACCCCCGUGUCAAUCAACUUCAGAGUUCCACUUGGCCUGUCAAGGUCGUAUGAGGACCUACCUAUCCGCUCACUAGAGUCAGCUCGCCAUGGCUCACAGUCGCGGAUCCAGCAGUCCAAGCUCUACUAGUCGAUGGGAAGAAGAGGCGCCGCGUGUCUUGUCUAUGACCGCUCUUCCCUGUACGGCGAGAUGGUCGCCAAAUCCACUCUGAAUAAUGGAAAAUCUCCUGAGCGAAGGACCCAGACAAUAAGCCGGCUUGGAAUCCUACUAGCCCGAUCCAAGCCGUCCAGCCUUGUCGGUCCCGUUUCCAACCCAUGGAUCUCGUCGUCUAUUCUGGAAAACUGACGAAUGACAUGCUGGCGAACGACAUGCCAUUGAAGUAGUGAUGGACGAUGCUAAGGGAGGACCUGAGACGUGCAAAACUUAGCAAUACGCACUUGCUGAAACCACCAGAUGCAGGACUUUCCAUACGCAAGUAAAGUCAAAUUUGGACUCCGCUGCCACAUACCCAAACUGCAUAUAUUGAGGAUCUGCCUUAGGGCUCCCGCACCUUUGUCCUCAGACCUCGAGCAUCCCAUAGGCACGUAGCCGUCAUGGAUUCACGUCCUUCGAGGAGUUCGUCAACGGCGUCUUCUAUUCAGCCUCGUCGUUCUUCAACCCUGGCUUCCUCGGAAGCAGCCGACAGGGCAAUGCCAGAUGCUGGUGGGCUUUCAGAUAGGCCACAUGAUGGCGCAACUCGCGAGCACGCUGAGAAUUCAAACACUUCGGAACACCUGAAAUGGACUCUUCCCUUCAAGCGACAUCCUUCCAACGCAUCGAGCACACACAGCCACGCUACAGGCUGUACAUCGUCGCAUGGGAACGAGAUGCGCAGGCGGAUGUCCCAGAUCACGAGACGAGCUUCUAUUGCCAUAGCAGAUGUUGCGCAUAAGGUUGAUCCCCUCACGAUAACUCAAGGCAACCCCUUGGGACUUGCAAUCAAUGAAAUCCGAGGCGUGUCUUCGGCCGGUUACUCUGCACCAGGGCAGUUCGAUGCUCGUCGAUAUUCUUGCGAAGCACCCGCGCUCCCAGAAAUUUCUGUGCCCGAGCCUGCGCGAACUUCCGAAGCAUUUUCAGACGAUUCUACUGUCCGCCCAGGGAUGAGUGAGAAGGAGGAUGACUACUUGAUUCAGAGACUUGCAACGCAUGACGACAUCGAACGGCUUUCGACCCUUAAACGAAUUCUUUACAGACUGUGCCCAGUCUUGGUCGUCAUUACGGUUGGCGCCAACUGGUUGUAUUUCGUUCUCCGCGUCAAAUUCACCGUAGAUGCGGAGAACGCUGCGCACGAGGUAUUCUGGAUGGCAUGGGCUUUCAUCGUCGUCGAGCUCUUUGUUUCACUUCCGAUGUUGUUACAGAGUCUCUGGGGCUGGCAUAUUAUUGGACUGAGAAAGAGACCAAAACUUCGCUUGGUCGGAGACAACGUCCCUUCGGUCGAUGUGGUUAUCACUUGCUGUCGUGAAGAAGAUGACCUGAUCCUCGACACUGCCAAGGCAGCCUGCAAUAUCGACUACCCUCUCGAACGGUUUCGCGUUAUCGUCUGUGAUGAUGGGAAGUCCGAGUCGUUGCGGAAUUCGGUUGAGAAACUCGCCUUGACCCAGUUUUCGAACCUCUAUUAUCGCUCAAGACCAAAAUACCCUGGCGUCCCACACCACUUCAAGGCCGGCAACCUGAACGAUGCUCUUGAAGAGACCAAGAAACUACCAGGAGGUGCGGCCAAUUUUCUUGCGGCUCUUGAUGCUGACAUGAUUCCCAUGCGAGACUGGCUACGGGCGCUCUUGCCUCACAUGCUUCAGGAUCCAAAAUGCUCGAUGGCCUGCCCGCCACAGUUAUUCUACAACGUGCCUAGGGAUGACCCUCUCUGCCAGAGUUUGGACACGUUUGUGCAUAUUGCGGAACCGAUCAAGGACUCCCUUGGUGUGGCCUGGUGCACUGGUUCCGGCUACGUGCUGAGACGCUCAGCCCUUGCGUCGAUCGGAGGCUUCCCCACAGGUUCUCUUGCUGAAGAUGUCUGCUGUUCAAGUAUGCUUCUCGGGUCUGGCUGGAACACUGCCUUCGUUCACGAGCCAUUGCAAUUUGGAACAGUUCCAGAUUCUCUGGUGAGCCACUUGAAGCAACGUACAAGAUGGACCAUCGGCACCGUCCAGACCGCCCUGAAACUGAGAUUUAGCAUAUGUGGUCCACUGGUGAAGUACAUGACGCUCCCACAGCGGCUUUGUGGCUUUGUUUACACGAUCUCUUCGCUAUUCACAGUGUUUCUGGUGGCGUCGAUGUUCACCGCACCUGUCGUGCUUGUUUCCGGUGGCAAGCUUGUCCCCUACGCAGACACGGAGCAGCUGCGAUGGCUCAUCCGCUCAGCAUUUCUCAGCAUGCUCUUGAACCGUGUGAAUGAGAUGGUCUCAUUCUUGCCUUCCGGCUAUCGUACCGGUAUGAGGGAUACAAGGGCUCUGUUGUGGAUGUCACCCUUCCAUGCCAUCUCGGUCAUUCGUACCUUUGUUCUUCCCAAAUGGCUGGGAGGAAAGGUCGCAGUGUUUACAUCCUCCGGAUCCCAGAAGGACCAACUCAACGAGCGGGACCCUCGACUCCGAGCUCCGCUGUGGCGUCGUCUCAAAGUCACUGUCUGGGAUUGUCAAUGCUACCUUCACGUCACCUACAUCAUGUUCAUCCUCGCAGCAGUUGGCGUCAGUCUUCACUCGAACAUCACCAACCCGGAGAACACGACCACAAAGGAGCUUCUGAUCGACGUGCUGACACAUGCGGGCUGGCCUCCGAUCAUCUGGCUGACCUGUGGCCUGGCGUGCUGGACACCGAUCAACUACGCCAUCUUCCCACCGUCCGUCCCAGACAGAGAGGAGCUGUUGGACAGGGAUCCCAUGACCGGAGUCGCUUACCCCAAGGAAGAGGCGAAGAAGACCCAGACUUCGUGGGUCGCGUGGUUCUUCGAGGCGCAAUACACGUUCCUCAGUGUCUACAUGACCGUGGCGUGCGCUCUGUCUUUCUGGUUCUGAUUGAUAUAUGGUCGAAUCUGGUGGUUUGUGCGUGCGGAUGUCAGGGUUUUGG